GUGGGAUCUUCCCAGACCGGGGCAUGAACCCGUGUCCCCUGCAUCGGCAGGUGGACUGUCAACCACUGUGCCACCAGGGAAGCCCAGGUAUGGCCAUUUUUUAAGACCCAUCAAACUGCCCUCAGUGAGUUCAGCAGGACUGGUUGUCCAAUCCAAAUCCGAUUUCCUCAAGGCCAAGAAGUCUUGGUUCAUCACCCUCUCAACAGGAGCUGUGAGCCCCUAACCCCACCUCCUCAUCCAGACUACGGCCAAAGCCCUCCUCUGAGCCUGGUGACCUAGGAGCAGGCUGAGUCAGCCGCAGGUCCUUACCUGGGCCCAUCCCAGUCCUGAGUGAGUCAGCUGACCAGGGAGCAGGAACCCAGCUGGGACAAGGGCCGCCACCUUCCAGGGAGGGGACCAGACUCCAUCAGCAGUGGCUGGAGAAGGACGAGCAGCAGCACCUGGCCUGCAGGGUGUUCCAAAGAGCAGCCAUGUCCACCCUGUACCCAUCUCUGGAGGACCUGAAGGUGGACCAAGCCAUGCAGGCCGAGGCCAGAGCCGUACCCAGGAUGCCCGCCCUGCCGGGGCAGGGAACAGACUCCGAGCCGUCAGUUUUGUAUCCAAACCUGUCGGAAUUGGAAGGUUAUAUGGGUCUUUCGUUCUCCAGCCACGAAGUCCAGCAGAACCUGCCUCAGAUUCCAGAAGGUGCCAGUGCAGCGGUCUCGGGCCCCUCACCGGACCAGGUGGUGGCGCCGGUGUCCGGGAACAGCUUGGGCGUGCUGCCUGGGGAGGUCAAGCCCGGGGUGCGCGAGAUCCACCUGUGCAAGGAUGAGCGCGGCAAGACGGGGCUGCGGCUGCGGGCCAUCGACAAGAUCCUGCAGAUUGAUGGGCGCAACUGUGUCGGGUGGAGCACAGACAAAGCCCACCGGGUGGUGAAGAAGGCGUCGGCUGAGAAGAUUGUCAUGGUUGUUCGGGACAGGCCAUUCCAGCGGACCGUCACCAUGCACAAGGACAGCACAGGCCACAUUGGCUUCGUCAUCAAGAAGGGGAAGAUCAUCUCUUUGGUCAAAGGGAGUUCUGCGGCCCGCAACGGGCUCCUCAUCAACCACUACGUGUGCGAGGUGAAUGGGCAGAACGUCAUUGGGCUGAAGGACAAAGAAGUCAUGGAGAUUCUGGCCACAGCCGGGAACGUCAUCAACCUGGCCAUCAUCCCCACUGUGAUCUAUGCGCACAUGGUCAGAAAGUUGUCCCCAGCCCUGCUCCACCACACCAUGGACCACUCCAUCCCUGACAUCUGAAGCCACGGGAGAGCAGCUCAGCCCUCUCACCCUCCAGCAGGAAGGGGAGAGUCCUCAGGGGACAGACUGAGGAGGCCUCUGCCUGGGGGCGGGGCUGUCUCCAGGCGGGCGCGUUCUGGGUGGGGCAACAUUGGGUCACAUGGGCCUGUCCUUUAUACACACUGGCCUCCUUGGAGCCUCAGCCUCUUAACUGGGCUAAGGCAGGGGCAGGGCCCACAGGCAGUGAUUCUCUGAGCCGAUUUAAAUGCUGGGCACGUAGGCAGGCCGACUAAACACUUCCUAAAGUUGCAGCUGGGUCCCUUUCAAACUUUUGCCUCUACCAGUAAAACAUUUCCACGGUUUGAGAGGACAAAUACAUUUUUUUGGGAGAAUUGUUUCUUUUUCCUUUAGUUGUUCUUUGUCACAAACUGUAUUUAGUUAUAACCCGUCACUGUCUUUGAAUAAAGAUUUGAUUUUACAUAAAAUCCCUUCCUCAAAA